AUGUCCAGCUUGGACUGGUCAAUGUGUUUAGCGGUGUUGAUCUUUACGUGUAUCGCGACCCGUGUGAUUACUGGUCUGCAAAGCAGCCAACGGAAAUCCGACCCGACAGAGGUGCGACCGACGCGGUUAGCCCCCUACUGGUUCCCUUGGUUUGGGCAUGGCCCAUCUUUCCUGUGGGAUCACGUCGGUCUGAUCGAGUCAAUAAGGGAUUCGUUCGGUGAGCCUGUGUUUGGCGUCUACCUGCAAGGCGAGACCCACGAUACUGUGGUGUCACCAUCAAUGAUCAAAACUGUUUUGUCGCAAAAGGAAUCUGGUAUGAUGGUGCUUGAUCAAGCUCUGCGAAACGUCUUUGGUGACCAAAGCCUGGUGCGUAGUUUGCGUUCAAAUCGCAACGAGGAGAUCAGUGACGAUGUCUCGGCGAUUAUCAACCAAGGCCAGUUCAUUAGUGCGACAUCAGCGGCCAUCACCCGCUUGCUACAGCGCAAUGUUCCCAAUUUGGUGACCUUCUCCCGAAGCCUCGUGGAUCAGGUCGCUUGGGAGCGAGACAGCUCUGUCACUCUACUAGAGCAGGAUGCGACAAUCUGCGAGGUAGACCUAUUUGCCCUCGUAAGAGAUUUUGUGGGCCACAAUAUCACUACGCACUUGCUAGGGGAGGCCUUCGUCGAAUCUUUUCCCGGUGUACUUCAGCAAUUUUGGACACUGGAUGCCAAUUUUGUCUCGCUGUUUGCGGGAUUCAAACGGUGGGCCCCAUCGCCUGGUGUAUCUUCGGGCCAUGCUGCGCGAGAUCGCCUCCUGCAUAUUAUGUCAGUCUUUAGCCGUGCCUUUGCCGCCUGGGAUGACGGGAUUGAUCCGGGUAUUGAGCUACGAGAUCUUGAUGACGUGUCAGACCUAUUCAAGCAGCGAAUGCGAACCUUCAAGAAAUUGGGCUUGUCGCCAAGAGCCAGUGCGGCGGGGACUCUAUCGCUUCACUGGGAUCUUAUGGAAUACAUAGUUAAAAUGACAUUCUGGAAUCUGGUGCAUAUUUUCGCCGAUGAGGAACUGCUCAAAGAUAUCCAGAAGGAAAUGGCCCCAGCCGUCAAUUCCACUCGGCCUAGUCGCCAGGAGACCGGAUUCCCAUUCGAUGAACCUCCCAAACUCGAUCUUGACAUUGAAAAGAUGCUACAAACAUGCCACCUUUUGAAGGCCUGCCACUACGAAACGAUCCGUCUCCACUCUGCCGGCAUCUCCCUUCGGAGGCUAGACUCCGACUUGACACUUACCGAAUCCGCGGGCGAAGCCUUGGAACCUCGCACAUACAAGAUCUGCAAGGGCGUGAAAGUACUCAUGCCCCAUGGCGUCUAUCAGAACGACCCAACACGCUUUUCAAAUCCAGACCAGUAUGAUCCACUUCGGUAUAUCGUUACGAAUCAUACAUCUGGUAAAAAGGAGGCCAACUUGGAUAUUCUUGGGCCGUUCGCGGAUGGACUAUAUGCGUCAAAGAACAAUGCUUUUACCGAGCGAGCGAUUUUGGCUUUUACAGCUUCAAUCGUUUCCAUGUGGGUCAUUUCUUCAGCAGAUGGCAAGGGCCUUAUUGUGCCUGCCCACAUCAAAACCUGGGGCGCCUUCCUGCCUGCCAAGGACGUCAAGGUGCAUAUCAAGGCGAGGGUUUAA